UCCCCUAGAGUGUGCCCCCAGCCGCUUGGCGCCAUGGCGGACACGGUGCAGACGGUGCUAGAGCGCAUGCUGCCGGAGCUCGACAGCCUCGAGAAGCAAGGGCUCUUCUCGCGCGCCGAGAUCAAAGAGAUCGUGCGCCGCCGCACCGCCUUCGAGUACCGCCUCAGGCGGCGCGGGAACGCGGCGAUUAAGGACGACUACAUGCGAUACGUGGAGUACGAGAUGCAGCUCGAGGCGCUGCGCCAGCUGCGGCGGAGAGACCCGAACCACCGCCAGGCUUUCCGCCAGCGCGCGGACGCCGUGCUGCAGCGCAAGGGGCGGCAGGGCAGCCGCGAGUGGUACAGGCGGCAGCGCGCGGCGGAGAGGGCGAGUGACGUGGCGGUGAUCAAGCGCGUGCUGUUCAUCUUCUCGCGCGCCACGCGGCGGUUCAAGGGCGACCUGGACCUGUGGAUGAAGUACCUCGAGUUCUGCAAGGCGUCUGGGUCAAGGCAGCAGAUGCAGAAAGCCAUGGCACGCGCCCUACAGCUGCACCCCACGGAGCCCUCCCUGUGGCUGUACGCGGCGUCCUACGAGUUCAACCAGCGCGUGAACGCGCCUGCUGCGCGCACGCUGCUGCAGCGGGGGCUGCGCAUGUGCUGCCCGCAGCUCAUCGCAGGGGGAGACAGGGGGAGCGUUGGGGGCGCGGGGGGAGCGGGGGGAACGGGGGAAGCCGGGGGAGGGUCAGGGGGAGGGACAGGAGGGGCGGGGUUAGGGGCAGGUGUGGGGCAGGCAGGGGUGACGAUUUCCGAGGCUGGAAACAUUUCGAUUGUGCCUGCCCGGAUUCUGGAGUCGUCCCGUUUGCUGUGGAGCGAGUAUUUGCGGAUGGAGCUGGUGUAUGCACGGAAGCUUAAAGCGAGGCAGCUGCUACUGGGGAUAGAGGAGGAGGAGGGGGGAGGAGAAGAGGGAGAGGGAGGAGGAGGAAAAGAGGGAGAGGAAAAGGCACAUGGUGCAGGGAAGGAUGGGGGGAUGGCAGAGGGGGAGGAUGAAAAGGUGGUUGAAAAUAAAGCUGAUGGGAGUGGCGGAUUGGGUCAAAGUGAUGAGCUGGCAGUGCGGGUGGCGACUGUGGUUUGCCGUAACGCAAUCAAAUCGAAUCCCAAGGAUCUGCUGCUGCGAGUGGCCCUGCUGGACGCCCUUCGAGCAGGCAGCGGACAAGAGGAGGAGGAGGAGAACGACGAGGAAGGAGAGGAAGACGAAGUGGAGGAGGAGAAGCAGGAAGGAGGAGAGGAGGAGAAAGGGGAGCGGAGCGCGAAGGAAGCAAGUGGGAAAGGAAGGGGCGGGCAGGCGAGGCGGCGGGUGGUGAGAAUACUGGGGCUGGGGGGGGUGGAGACGGAGGUGUGUGCGGGCAUGGCCGGCGCCUUCCCUGGCAGUGCCACUGUGCUAGAAGUGCUGGCGAGACGGUGGAUGAGGCGCGGGCGGAGGGGGGCAGGAGGGCGAGGAGAGAGAGGAGAGGAGGGAGGGUGGGUGAGUUGGGAGGAGGCGGAGAGAGGCGCGUUGAAGGUGUUCGAAGACGCUCUUGAGAGGCAGAAGCAGCAGCAGCCGGGUUCGUCGUCCCUCUCCUCGCUCUGCUGCGCCUACCUGGACUUCCUCACGCGGCUGGUCACCGGAGGAAAGGCAUAUGGCGAGGAAGAGGAGGGAGAGAGAGGGUCUGGGGAGGGGGCAGAGGAGGGGCACGAAGAUGUGGAAACUGAAGGCGGGGAGGAGGGGGGUGUGGAGCGGGAAGGGCUCCCCCUGGCCGACCUGGUGUCACGAGGCAAUGCAGUGAUGGCCCUAGCGCAGGCUCGGCAGCUGGGUGGGGAGGAGCCAAUCGUGGAGCGACACGUGGCGCUUCUGCUGCGCGCUGGGCGGGCUGAGGAGGCCCUGGAAGCUGCGAGGAAGGUGCUGGAGGCGAGUGGGGGGGUGGUGAUGGCUGGGGUGUGGGCGCUGGAGAGGGAAGCAGAGAGGAGGGUGCGGAGGAGGAGAGGCGGGGGGAAGGAGGUGGCUGGUGUGAUGGCAGUAGCAGGAGUGGGAGCAGGAGUGGGAGCCGGAACAGGAGCAGGAAGAAGAACAGCGGCAGGAGGGGCAGCAGCAGCAGCAGGGGGGUCAUCAGGCCCGGUUCGCAUUGGGAACUGGGGCCACCCAAAGCUGGUGGAUUACUGGAUGGAGCAAGUCGAGUGUGCCCCAAGCCUGGCGUCUCUACAGGCCAUCAUCGACUCCCUCAUGUCAGCAGCAGCAACCAUGGGCUCCCCCAAGACCCUACUCUCUUCCUCCUCCUCCUCCCCUGCACCAUCUCCGCUUGCUGCUGCUGCUGCCCCGACAACUUCCUCCCUCUGCACCUCGCCUAGUGCUGGCGCUGGUUCCGACGACGCGGCACAUGCCAGGCACCUGGUGGCAGUGCUGCAGUGCGCCGCACUCUCAGUCGCCAAGAGGAGAUUCGGAACCGCUGCCGCCCGCCAGCUGUACACAAGGUUCUUCUCCCUGCCCUUUGCGUCGGAGCGCCUCUACCUGCACGCCAUCCAGUUGGAGCGGGAGUGGGAGGGCGAGCAGGGGGGGAAGGCGGAGCAGAAAGGGCAAGGGAGUGCGAGAGGGAGGGAGGGGCGGGUGGAGCGACUCUUUGACUCGGCCUUGGAGCGAUUCGGAUCGCUCAGUGCUGAUCUCUGGCUGGCGUACUGCAGAUACGCUCUUGAGGUGAACGACACCACGCUGCUCUCCUCAAUCCACUGGAAGGCGUGCCACUCGCUGCCGGAUGCGGCGGCCUUCACGACUGCUUAUCACAAGUUGGUGCACCUAUCAUAGGCACGCGGGCAUGGCCCUGCAUGCCUGCACCGAGUGGAUGGUUUUGCUAGGGCGAAUGAAUCACCGUCUUCCCUUGUUCAUUUGCAAUGGAUUUCUGCUGUACUGUGGCGUGCGCCACACCAGAAGGUGGCAUGGCAUGGCAUGGCAUGUCAUGUCCGUUGCUGUGAAGGUCUAGUCAGGUCAGGUGCUCACAAGAACUUCCUUCAGGCUCCGAACCGAACCGAAAGCAUUUGCCAUUUGCUGCGUUUAUCCCUUGUGCUCUCCGAUUGUGCCUGGGCGUCAUGGC